AGCCGGGCAAUUCUCCCGCGGGGAGCUGUUGGAGAAGUGGCGGGAGCGGCAGCUAUGGAAGCGCAGGAGGAGAAGGAAGCGCAGGAGGAGAAGGAAGCGCAGGUUGCUGCCUGGUUGAAAAAGGUAUUUGGCGAUCAUCCCAUUCCACAAUAUGAGGUGAAUCCACGGACCACAGAGAUUUUACAUCACCUCUCGGAACGCAACAGGGUCCGGGACAGGGAUGUCCACCUGGUAAUAGAGGACUGGAAACAGAAAGCAAGUGAAUAUGAAUCAGAAGCCAAGCAUCUUCAAGACCUUCUCAUGGAGAGUGUGAAUUUUUCCCCUGCCAAUCUCUCCAGCACGGCGUCUAGGUAUCUGAAUGCUUUGGUUGACACUGCCAUGGCCCUUGAAACAAAGGAUACCUCACUAGCUAGUUUUCUCCCUGCAGUGAAUGAUUUGACCUCUGAUCUUUUUCGUACCAAAUCCAAAAAUGAAGAAAUCAAGCUUGAAUUGGCAAAACUUGAAAAAAAUUUAACUGCAAGUUUAGUAUUAGAAAAAUGUCUAAGAGAUGAUCUCAAGAAGGCAGAACUGCAUCUGUCUACGGAAAGGGCCAAAGUUGACCAUCGCCUUCAGAACACGGACUUCCUAAAAGCAAAGUCAGAGGAGUUCAGAUUUGGAAUCAAAACGGCAGAGGAGAAACUUUUAGCCAGAGGCAUGGAUGCUUCUUUGUCACAUCAGUCACUAGUAGCACUUUCAGAGAAACUGGCAGAACUGAAACAACAGACUAUACCCUUGAAGAAAAAAUUGGAGUCCUAUUUAGAUUUAAUGCCGAAUCCAUCUCUUGCUCAGGUGAAAAUUGAAGAAGCAAAACGAGAAUUAGAUACCAUUGAAGCUGAACUUACAAAGAAAGUAGAAAUGAUGGAACUGUGAACAAGCCAAGUAAACUUUGUCUUCUCUAACAAAGUAAAUUAAAUAGGACUUUAAAGAAUUGAUUCCUCGCCAUGGCUGGUGUGGCUCAGCUGGGCAUUGUCCCGCAAACUGAAAGGUCUCCUGUUUGAAUCCCAGUCAGGGCAUAUACAUGGAUUGCUGAUUCGGUCCUGGAUUGGAGUGUGUACGAAAGGCAACUGAUGUUUUUCUCUCACAUCGAUGUUUCUCUCCCUCUCUUUCUUCCUUCCCCACUCUCUCAUUUUUUUUUUCUUUAAGUAUUGUUUCCUCUUGGCAUUCCUUAAUUAUUUACUC